AUGUCCGUCGUUACCGCGCCUGGUGCCUUCGUGCCCUUCACCCAGACCUUUGUCCAGGGUUCAGUCACCACCGCUAUCCCUCUGGUCGGACAGAUCCUCUACAACGGCAAAACCAACUUCGUCGGCUACGAUGCUGGUUCAGCGGCGUACAUCGUCCCUAGCACCGCUUCUGGUGCGCAAGCGACCACCCUCGCCAACGGCAACACCUACUACAUUACCUCCGGCAAGGCCCCGACCGGCUACACAUUGACCGCCGGCGGCGCGACCACCUCGAGCGGCGCAGCUACGACUUCCGUGUCCACCAAGACCAGCUCACCUGGAACUACUAGCACAUCUCCUGGUGGAAUCGCCGUCACCGGGUCGGCGCAAACAACGACAUCGACGUCCUCACCCACGGGCAAUGCUGCUGUGAUGACCGGACCAGCCAGCGGCAUUGAGGGAUUGAUGUUGGGCUUCUUGACGAUGAUGCUUGGUCUGUUGAUUUAG